AUGAUGCAGGAAAUGAUGCAGAAGUUCUCAGACGGGAGGUCCGUUCACGCAACCGAGCACAUGGAUCUGGUAACAAGAACCACUGAGAAGUCUCCCUUCUCAGAGUGGAUUCAGAACGAGCCCAAACUGCAGGACUUCGUAAUCCCUUCUCUACCUGCAUUUAAUGGAAAGGGAGACCCGUUAAACCACCUAUUUCAAUUCCAGCAGAAGAUGGCCCUAGAAGCCAACAACGAAGCCAUACAAUGCAAGGUCUUUUCCACGACUUUCUCCGGGCCGGCUCUGCUGUGGUUCAAGCAAUUGAAGCCUGGUUCCGUCAACAGUUUUGGAGACCUCCGACGAGUCUUUCUCCAACAAUACAGUGCAAACCGUAAGGCACUGAGAACAAUGGCAGACCUCUAUCGGAUCGAGCAAGGGGGAAAUGAACAUCUAAAGUCGUACCUACAACGUUUCAUUGACCCCGUGCAUCAAAUCCAUGAAGUCGACCCAGUUAUUGCGGCCAAUCUCUUCAUCAAAAGCUUGCAGGUGGGAUCUCUCUUGCACAAAAAUCUCACCAUGACACCGCCUUAUGACAUGGCUGAGAUCCAGAUCUGUGCUGAGGGCGUCUUCAGAGUCCUAGAAUUUCGGGAGCGUGCGCAGAAGAAAUCCACACUUAUCUCCGCUCCACCGGCGAAUAAUCCUCCUCCCCCGCCUGUGAAGGAUGACAAGCGGAAGAGGCAACAAACGGACCACGCAAAGGAAGGGAAGAGGCCACGACAAAAUCAAGAGUCACCACGAUACCCCUCAUUCGAAUACACCAUCCCACAGGAAGUCAUCUAUGAAGAGAAUAAAGACAGACCCAUCUGGCGUGACCCGUACAAGAUCACCACUCCUCCUGACAGAAGAGAUAAAAACAGAUACUGCCUCUUCCACAAAGAUCACGACCAUACAGUCGCUGAAUGCCACAACCUCAGCAAUCAGAUCCAGGCCUUCAUGAGAAGUGGACGGCUAACCUAG